AAUGCAACCAUGUCUAUUUUCAAUCUUGGAAAUAAUGUUCUCAUUUUAGCUCGACUAUCGUCACAACUUAUUUCUAUUGAUUGCCAACAUAACAUACAUAUUCAACAUUCACCUAUGCCCCCUUUUAUCUUGAGGUUAUAGAUCAUCAAAAACCACUUUGUAGGCUUUCAAUCUUCCUUGGCAUAGAUUUCAAGUUUCUAUUUUUUUUUUAUUUACCCUUUUCUUUAAAUAUGAUCCUGUUAAAUAUGCUUCUUUUUCAUUCUCUGCAUUUCUGAUAAUUGUCUUUACCAUGUAUUUUUUAUUUAUUAACUGAUGAUGUAUAAAAAAUUGCCUGGACAAAUCAUAGAAGUGAUGUAUGCAUAUUGGCUUGUUUUGCAGAGUCGAGGAUGCCCUCUCCUUGGUAUACGUGCUACACCGAGCUUACAAUCUAAGCAGAAACUCUUCGUUGAUCAUGGAUGGCAGAGAGCUGUUGCAUGGGAUAUGCUGCAGAUAUAUAAUGAAUUUAUCGAAAUUCAAGAAAAACACAGGAUCGAACGGCUAGAGUUGUUUGAUGAGUUUGAAGAGUGGUACAUGAUGCAGGAACAUUACUGUGUGGCUUGCGCAAUUAAUGAUGCUGAGGGCCUGUUUAGGGAUUUUGGUUUUGUUAUGUUUUUUAUAUUUUUGUUUCUCUACAAAUUAGUAAAAUAUCACAUAAAAAAUGAUGUUGAAAAUAGUAUUUGUGCUAAACUUCUACGAUUGUUUCCUCUAAUGUCGCUAUUCUUGAAAACAAUAAACUUUUGCUACCAAAGGCUUUGA